GGCUAUGUUCAACUGACUUGCAGUGUCUACUUGACUGUACAUUUACUGUGCUUCAGCUCAGGCUAAGCACAUGGGGCUUUGCACAGCGGGUUCCCUCUGCAGUGAAACCACUUUCCGGGGAUGCAUGAGAGUUGAGGGCUGGUUUGCACUCGUUGUUUCGGACACACCAUGCGUUGAAGUGUGGAGACAUCGCUGAAGAUUUGUGAGGUGCUGGAGACGCGUCUCAAGGAACCGAGGACCUGCGGGGAAGCGCAUGUAUUUGUGUCAGCGUGGACUUAAAUGUGUACCAUCGCAGUCUUCCUGGGCUUCAUCCUCUGAUCCAGUAGUGUAGGUCAUCUUGGAACAGUCUCAAAAGAUUGCGGAUCAACUUGAGGGACAAGCGAGGAUAAAUACUGAAAGGAUCGUCAGUGACUAAUUUGGUCUCAAGGUUUUGUGGAUAUGUCUACCCCGAGCUGUGGGUGACCUACUAUUUAAUGGAUCCUCUCAAAUCUUGGACACUGCAACUGGCGUUUGUCAGUUACUAGGACCUAUUUCUAACUUCCAGGCACAAGGAAUAGACUUGCCAGUCAUUUUGGACAUAUUUGUUUCAGUGAAUUUCAAGGAUUUGCGCACCAGCCGUGGAUGUUUAAUAUGCUAGCAUGGGUCCGCUAGCGUUCAUCCUUGUUGGUGGAUUACUGUAUUUUCAAGUUGAUGGAUCCCGUCUGCGCCAGGAGGACUCCCCACCCCGGAUUGUGGAGCACCCCUCUGACCUGAUCGUGUCCAAAGGGGAGCCCGCCACCCUGAACUGCAAGGCGGAGGGGCGUCCCACCCCGACAGUGGAGUGGUACAAGGAUGGAGAGCGGGUGGAAACGGACAAAGAUGACCCACGUUCUCACCGCAUGCUGCUGCCCAGUGGCUCACUUUUCUUCCUGCGCAUUGUUCAUGGACGACGGAGCAAGCCGGACGAAGGCGCCUACGUCUGCGUGGCCCGCAACUACCUGGGAGAAGCCGUCAGCCGCAACGCGUCUUUGGAAGUAGCAUUGCUGCGGGAUGACUUCAGACAAAACCCCACAGACGUGGUGGUGGCAGCAGGAGAGCCCGCCAUCCUUGAGUGUGUUCCUCCCAGAGGCCACCCUGAACCCACCAUUUACUGGAAGAAGGACAAAGUACGCAUCGACGACAAGGACGACAGAAUCACGAUUCGAGGAGGGAAGCUGAUGAUCUCCAACACAAGGAAGAGUGAUGCCGGCAUGUACAUCUGUGUGGGCACCAACAUGGUGGGAGAGAGGGACAGCGAAACGGCACAAGUCACAGUGUUUGAGCGGCCUACCUUCCUGCGAAGGCCCAUCAACCAGGUGAUCCUGGAGGAGGAGACGGUCGAGUUCCGCUGCCAGGUGCAGGGAGACCCCCAGCCCAAUGUGCGCUGGAGGAAGGACGACAUCGAUGUCCCCCGUGGCAGGUACGAGAUCAAGUACGACAAGGACGACUACGUGCUGAGAGUGAAGAAGGCGACGACCGGCGAUGAGGGCACGUUCACCUGCGUGGCAGAAAACCGCGUGGGCAAGCUGGAGGCCUCGGCCACGCUCACCGUCAGAGCUCGCCCCGUUGCUGCACCCCAGUUUGUCAUCCGUCCAAGAGACCAGAUAGUGGCUCAAGGUCGCACUGCCACCUUCCCGUGUGAGACCAAGGGAAACCCUCAGCCUGCCGUCUUCUGGCAGAAGGAGGGAAGUCAGAAUCUGCUGUUUCCCAACCAACCCCAGCAGCCCAACAGUCGCUUCUCGGUGUCGCCCAGCGGAGACCUCACCAUCUCGUCCGUGCAGCGGGCAGACGCCGGCUACUACAUCUGCCAGGCCCUGACUGUGGCCGGCAGUAUACUCGCCAAGGCUCAACUGGAGGUCACAGAUGUGCUCACCGACAGGCCGCCGCCCAUCAUACGCCAGGGCCCGUCCAAUCAGACGCUAGGGGUGGACAGCGUGGCCUUGCUCAAGUGCCAGGCUUUGGGAGACCCCAUCCCCUCCAUCAGCUGGCUGAAGGAUGGGGUCAGUCUGCUGGGCAAGGACCCCCGCAUGUCCCUGCAGGAGCUGGGCAGCCUCCAGAUCAAGAGCAUCAAGCUCUCAGACUCGGGGAUCUACACAUGUGUAGCUGCCAGCUCCAGUGGGGAAACAUCAUGGAGUGCUUUUUUGGAAGUCAAAGAAUCCGGCGGUGUCAUGGUCAUAAAGAACCGCGACGAAAACGAGCUUCCCGGCCCGCCGUCUAAACCUCAAGUCACUGACGUCACCAAGAACAGUGUGUCCUUGUCCUGGCAGCCCGGGAUGGUCGGAGCGUCACCCGUCUCAUCUUUUGUCAUCGAGGCCUUCAGCCAGUCAGUGAGUAACAGCUGGCAAACAGUUGCAGAUCACGUCAAGACCACCCAGUUCACAGUCAAAGGUCUCCGUCCCAACACCAUCUAUCUCUUCAUGGUCCGAGCAGUCAACAGCCAGGGCCUCAGUGACCCCAGCCCCAUGUCUGAACCUGUCAGGACACAAGACAUAAGUCCUCCAGCUCAGGGUGUGGACCACAGGCAUGUGCAGAAGGAGCUCGGUGAGGUCAUAGUGCGGUUGCACAACCCGGUUGUCCUGAGUCCCACGACGAUUCAGGUCACAUGGACAGUUGACCGUCAGUCCCAGUUCAUCCAGGGUUACAGGGUUCUUUACAGGCAGACAUCAGGAAUGCCUUCCCCGGGACCCUGGCAGACGCAGGACGUCAAGGUGCCCUCUGAGCGGAGCGUGGUCCUCUCCGCGCUCAAGAAGGGCAUCGUCUACGAGAUCAAGGUCCGGCCGUACUUCAACGAGUUCCAAGGCAUGGACAGCGAAUCCAGGACGGCCCGCACGACUGAGGAAGCCCCCAGCGCUCCUCCUCAGCAGGUAACAGUCCUGACCGUGGGCAACCAGAACAGCACCUCCAUUAGCAUCUCGUGGGACCCCCCUCCUCCAGACCACCAGAACGGCAUCAUCCAAGAGUACAAGAUCUGGUGUUUAGGGAAUGAGACACGUUUCCAUGUCAAUAAGACGGUGGAUGCGGCCAUUCGCUCUGUGGUGGUGGGAGGGCUGCAGGUGGGAGUCCUGUACCGGGUGGAAGUGGCUGCCAGCACGAGCGCAGGGGUCGGGGUCAAGAGCGAACCCCAGCCGAUUGUCAUAGGUAAGGAUUUCCGUGACGUGAUUAUGAGCGGCAACAGGAACAACAGCAUCACGGAGCAGAUCACUGAUGUGGUGAAGCAGCCGGCCUUCAUCGCCGGCAUCGGAGGGGCCUGCUGGGUCAUCCUGAUGGGCUUCAGCAUCUGGCUCUACUGGAGGAGGAAGAAGAGAAAGGGCCUGAGCAACUACGCAGUUCAGUCCUUCACCUUCACCCCUGCAGUGACGUUCCAGAGAGUCGAUGGUGGCCUGAUGAGCAAUGGAAGCCGUCCUGGCCUGCUGAAUGCCAGUGACCCGGGCUACCCCUGGUUAGCAGACUCCUGGCCAGCGACCAGCCUGCCUGUCAACAGCAGCUCCGGGGGACCCAACGACCUGAGUAACUUUGGCCGAGGAGAUCUCCCCAGUGGCCAAGGGGACAAGACAGGCACGAUGCUCUCUGACGGGGCCAUCUACAGCAGCAUAGACUUCACCACCAAGGCCAACUACAACAGCCCUGGCCAAGCAUCCCAGGCCACCCCCUAUGCCACCACCCAGAUCCUCCACUCCAGCAGCAUCCAUGAGCUGGCCGUGGAGCUUCCUGAGGCCCAGUGGAAAGCCUCGCUGCAGGCCAAGCAGGAGAUGGCAAGCCUGGGCUACUCCCUGCCCGACAAGAACUCCUGCAACAACACACUCCUUUUCAUACCUGACUACCGAUUGGCCGAAGGAUUGUCUAAUAGAAUCCCACACAACCAAUCACAAGAUUUCAGCACCACCAGCUCUCACAACAGCUCAGAGCGAAGCGGCAGUCUCUCAGGUGGAAAGGGAGGCAAGAAGAAGAAGACCAAGGCUGGCUCCAAACCUACCAAGGCCAAUGGGUCCAACUGGGCCAACGUUCCUUUGCCCCCUCCACCUGUCCACCCUCUACCUGGCACCGAGAUGGACCAUUAUCCCAACGAGCACCACGAAGGAGGAGGGUAUGAGAGUGAUGGUUGGGGCCCACCCAUGCCCGUGCAAACCUAUCUUCACCAGGGCAUGGAGGAUGAGCUGGAGGAAGAAGAGGAGAGGGUUCCCACCCCACCCAUCCGUGGGGUUGCCUCCUCCCCAGCAGCGGUGUCCUUCGGCCAACAAUCCACGGCCACCCUCACCCCUUCCCCCCGUGAGGAGAUGCAGCCUAUGCUCCAGGCCCACCUGGACGAGCUGACCAGAGCAUAUCAACUGGACAUGGCAAAACAGACAUGGCACAUGCAGGGGGGCUCUCUUCCUCCCCAGGCUCCAGCUCCCCCAGUGGGCUAUGUGUCUAGUACACUGGUUUCUGACCUGGAGACCGACCUGCCUGAUGAGGAUGAGGACGAGGAGGAGGAGGAUGAAGAUGAAGGCUACGGGGCCAGGCAUCCCCGCGGUAUUGAGCACACACCAGGUUCCAGCAUGGACAACCUGGACAGCUCUUUAACAGGAUCCAUGGUGAACGGCUGGGGCUCGGCCUCGGAGGAUGAGCGUAAUUUUUCCAGCCAUAGGUCCAGUUUGGGCAGUUCGUCUGAUGGCUCCAUCUUUACCCACUGCAGCUUUGCCCAGGCUCUGGUGGCCGCUGCAGACAAGGCUGGCUACCGCCUGGAGGGCACUAGUCUCAGCAAAAGAGGUAAAGGCCUGUCCCACAGGCCCCGGCCCAGUAGUCCAUUCUCAACGGAUGGUAGCACAGUGGGUACACAUAGCUUGGGCCACCAGAGGGCCACUCGGCCCACCCGCAAACCCCGAAACCAGGGCACAGCACCCCACAGGAGAGACGCUAGUGCAGACGACCUACCUCCUCCCCCUGAGCCUCCUCCCUGCCAGGGACAGGGCCGUAUCCAGGGCGCCCGCAGUGUAGGCAACAUGGGACCCCCUUCAGACAGGAAGGCUUCAUCCCUGGAGCGUCAGCCAGUGUCAGGCUUGGAGGAGAUGAAGAGCUCCAUUGACAGACAGGCACGCACCUCUCUGGACCAUCACCGCCAGGCUCAAGACAGGCUGGGCUCCAUGGACCGAGCAGAGGAUGGGCGUAGGGGACACAAAACAGAGGAAGGGUGCCUUCCCUACAGUAAACCGUCCUUCCCCUCCCCUGGUGGCCACAGCUCCUCGGGUACGGCAUCCUCCAAGGGCUCGACAGGGCCACGUAAGACUGAAGGUCCACGACAGCCACAGCAGUGGACUGCCACAGAGCACGCUGAAUUCCUGGGGACCAAUGGACAGGGACAGUACUCGGGGGAGUUAUAGUGACCUGCAUGGGACGUGAACUGGAGAAUGCCUGGGCCGUCCUCGAAAGAAUGACGCCUCGCUAGCUGGGGCAAUGAACUUUGUCCUCACCUGUGUGUUCUCAGAGGGAAGGUGUGAACCUGAGGGUACCAGUGGAGAGCAGUGUCACAGAACUGUAAAUGUGAUGUAUAGACACAGACAUACUGUACAUCUCACUAUGUUUUCGUCCUCAAGAAAAUAUUUUCCACCUCCUACCUUACUGUAAUUUUCUUUUUUGUUAGAAAAAGGCAAGUUAAAAAAAAAAAAUUGAAAACAUCUAUAUGAGAACAACUAAUUUUCUGAGCAACUGCCCUUGGGAAAAAAGGGAGUUUUGUUUCCUGUAAAUAUAUUCUUUACCUUGUUGUUGCAUUGCUAUGCAAGCCUAAUUCAGUUUGAGCUUUUUAUUUCCAUAUACAGGUACAGUUGGUUUUAUCUGGUUAUUUGUAUUAUAUGUGAAUUGAGUGGCUGUUGUGCCAUAAAAUUAUUGUUUUAUAAUCCAUUGUUUGUUAAUAGUUACCAUUAAUUAUUAUCAUUAUUAUUAUUAAUUAUUGUUUUUGCACUGCAAUUUUGGUGAUAAGCACAAAAACAUAGCUCCUGCUGACAUGAAGAACCGGAAGAAUAUGUGAAGAGGAGUUUCUGUACUGUAAAGUAGAGAGAAGAAAUAUAUACUAAUGUACAGAGAGAUAUUAAAGAGUAAGGCUUUGCUCAUGGACAGCAACAAAUAAAAUGCCCGUUUCCGUAGGUGAGGCUAAUUGGGUGGCAGAUGUAGGGUUCCCGAGGGUCUUUUGAGGAAAGGGCGGAUAUGAGGCUGGAUAAAAUUUGCGCACAGAAGGUACUGUAUUGGGUGAACAAGUUGAUUAUUUAAUUCCUUACUAACUGUCCUAAAAGAAGUUUGAUAUCAGAAACAUACAGCCCUCAACGUUUUUGGGACUGACUUCAGGCUUUGUCUUGUUUUCAGAAACAGCCUGAGGGAGUGUAGCCCUUAUUUUUGUACAAGGGUCCCCAGCAUUUCAAGUUUAAUUUCAGUUUUAUGGUUUACUGCCAAAUUGUUAUUACUACACUGAGUUGACGCUCCUCACACAAUAGAACUGCAGCUUAUGAAAACAGAACAGGAGGAAGAGCCAGAGUAAAAUUUCUCCACACAGUUCAGUCAAAGCACUUACAAUACCUACAGUUGUGAAGUUGUGAUUCUUCAAAAAGCCUUAAUAAGAAAGCAUGCACAGUAACGGUCAGAUUUGACAGCAGAGAUGAUCCACUCAGUUCUACCUAAAAUAUUGUCAGUGGAGCAACAUUAUUGGUUUACACUGAUCUCAUUUUAAUUUUAUGUGUCUUUUGGUUUGAUCCAUUUCCAAUAUUGUUUGCUUACUUUAGAGCACUUACUGUUUUUUGUCUUGCUUUUGUUUUUCAUGGUGCAGUACCGUCCAAGGAAACAACACAAUGACCUGCUCAGUCCAGUUGAAGUGCUGUAUAUUAGCUGAUAGGUUCAAACAGCCAUGGGUCUGAAGCUCUGUGCUUCAGUUGCCAGAACACGAUGUUUAGCACAGUGUUGGUUGAGUGACUUUCAGUCUUGUGUGAGAAGAAAUGGCAGUGUCUGUACAGUCUGCAGUGUGACUUUGAGCCACUGUUUGAUCCCAGUAAGGUGAAGCGAUAAUGGAAAAAAGCCUUGUAUUUUAACUAGCAGGUCCCACUGCCUCCGUCUCUACAGCCACAGUCUGAAGCAGACCACUUUCUAUCUGCCUGUACCACCACAACACACAAUUGCCACUUGCUCAACUUCUUAGCCUCUGAUUCUCAAUUUGUAUCUUUUCAAAUAAUGUUGUCUUUUGUUUUGUUUUUGUUUGUUUUUUUGUUUUUUUUAAAUGAAAAGCUUGUUUCUUUGUAUGCCUUUUAUGGACUUCAAAACGCUGCUUACAACAAUGUUUUCGAUAUUAAUGUUCAGGAUUUUUCUGGUUCGAUGACUGUUUGUUUUGUCUUUUUUUGUACUGCUAAUGUUGAUAAAGGGGGGUGGAAACUAAAGGCCGUCAGAUGCUGUUGUACUGUUGUCUUUAUGCCAUCAUCAUUUCAUAUCAUCCACCCAGUGGCCAGUGUUCUGGAAAUGAGGUGCAAAGAGUAUCUCAGGUUAUUUUACAUUCUGGUGGUGUUCAUGUGUGUGUAUAUAUAUAUAUAAAUGUGUAUAUAUCCAUAUGCAUCUCCACUUGAUUAUGCCAUUCCAUUUUCAUUGCUGAAAAAUAUCCCUUUCAUGUCCAAUACUGUUGUCCCCUCUUUUCUUUUCGGCUGUGGAUUUUGAUUCCAAGUAUAAUGUGCUGGUUCAUUCACCUUAAAGACAAGAUGUCAGUAAAAGAACAUACCAAAUUAAUAUUGAUAUUUCUAAUGUCUAAUGCGUUUUAGUGUCUCUUUAAUACUCAUUGUUUUCUUUUAAAUCACAGUGUUGUUGUUUUGUAUUUAUUAAAAUGAUAAUAAAAGUAUAUUGUGAAAUAUGCAUAAAGAUUUGUGGAAUAUAAAAUGUCUUUUUUUGUUCCUUGUAAAGUUUGCUGUCAGAGCAGAGAAGCUUGGCCAUAAGGAGUUGAUAGGCUCUCUACACUCACAGCAUGGUGAAGUGCCAGGUCAGUAGUCCUCUAAAAUGCUGAGUCACUCUUUGUCCUGCAUGUUCACCACACGGCUCCUCUCAUGUCAAAACUAAAGAAAGAAAACCUUGAACACAAGGAGCAAAAACGCUCACAAUUUGCCUGUCAAAAGACAAUAUAUAAAAAAACUCUUUUUGGAAGGAUGAAAGUACUUUGGCUUUCCAUCUCUUUUGUUGAUUUUCUCAAUAUUGUUGGUUCUUUGUAACCUAUCUGUGUGUUGCCUUUUUGCUAUAAAAGGAUUAAAAACGACAAAAAGAGAAAGUUGUUGGGUGAAGUCUUUCUGUACAGUGUGGAGCAAGGUGACGCCCUGCUCCGAUGCCAUUUCUACAGUACAUUCUGCUUUUUUUUCUUUCUGUAAACAACCUUCUGUAUUCACUUGCAUGUCCAAGAAGAGAGUGGAUCAAGAAAAUACGCUUUUACAGUCUCAUUCCCAUGUCCUGUAAGAUAAAUCCAUGUUCUUUUCUUUCCAUGUACCUGGAUCACUAUCAAAUAAAAUAUUUUUGAAAAAUG